CAAUCAUGAGCGCCGUUCUCUUUGUUGUUGGUGAUGACAUGAAAAUAUUGUUGUUGCUGCUGGUGGAGGCUGCGGAGACAAGCAAGCAGGCAGGAACGGGUUUGAAGGAUUUGAGGCGUUCGGAAAACUCGAUCCAAGUGAAGAUUUCAUUUAUUUAGUUGUAUUUUCGACUUUGCAGCAACUGCGUGUUGCGGGGAAAGCGGUCAUGUCGGUGAAUAUGGACGAACUCAGACAUCAAGUCAUGAUCAACCAGUUUGUUUUGACGGCUGGAUGCGCCGCCGAUCAGGCGAAGCAGCUUCUACAAGCGGCCCACUGGCAGUUUGAGACGGCCUUAAGCUCCUUCUUCCAGGAGGCCAACAUCCCCAGUCACCACCACCAGAUGAUGUGCACUCCCAGAAACACUCCCGCCACGCCGCCCAACUUCCCGGACGCCAUCACCAUGUUCUCCAAGCUGCGGGCGUCUGAUUGUGGCCCCGGCGCGGCCAGCGGACCCUCACAGGCGUCCAUGGCCUGCUCCCCCCCGGCCCCCUCCUCCUCCACGUCGGGCUUCAGCUCCUUCUGGGCCUCGUCGCCGCCCAGCCACCAGCCGGCCUGGCUACCCCCGUCGUCGCCCACGGGCCACCACAUGCACCACCACCACUACCACCACCACCACCACCACCACCACAUGCAACAGACUCCCAUGUGGCCCCCCGUCUCUCAGCCCAGCAACUCCCAGCAGCCCCCCGUCGUAUCGGUGCUCCACGGCCAGAGAUGAGACUGAGCGGCGGGCUGCCUGCGAGGGGCGGGGGGGGGGCGGGGGCAGGGA